GUCACUGAUCAUUACGUCAAUCAAUUGGCCGUGGUCUUUGGGUCUUCAACUUCAUCGCUGGAUAUCUGACGCCCUGAAAGAGGAUGAGACUGCUUGGACUAACAUCCGUUAUUUUAGCAGUGAGCGUACACUAUGCGUCCUGCAAUUUCCGUCGAACAGUGCAUUUCGUAACUUCACUGACCAAGGACACAGACGUUAAGUUUAAAGGCACAGUUGUGUUUGACAAAGUUGACGAGAACAUCGGAGAAGCUUACAGCCCGACAACUGGUGAAUUUACUGCCCCUGUAUCAGGAUUUUACCUGUUCACCAUCCAGGUGAUGGUGACGAGUAAAUCUGGACAAGAAUACCAACUUAAAAGCGAAGACAGUGCCUAUUCCACAAGAGUCCGUGUCGAAAAGGCUUGGUCAACUGGUUCAGGGACUGCCGUGUUUCCCGUACGAAAAGGUCACAAGGUGAAGAUCAUUAGAUACCACGGACCAGACGGCGCUUUGAGACAAAGUCCAUGGACACAGUUUUCAGGCUUCUUGCUGAUGUAAUCCUGAAUCCUUUCAAGGCAUCUGUUCACUGCAGCAUGUACAGUUAAUUAUGUCAUGUUGGUUCAAACCUUGUGCAACUGCAUAUUAAAAGCUGAUCGCCAGGCCUCAUGGUUAA